UUGUUGGCAACACUGAACAGAUGGCAGCUGGUUGACAAGAUGAAAGAUGACAACUUGACAACUAAGAUCUGUCAACAGUACAACUCUAACCUCUAUAUUCUCUCUCGAAGUUUGUAUUUUAAUUACUAUGUUGAAAAACAUAAUCCGAUAUCCAUUUAAUAAUUUAAAUAGUGUACGCAAAUUGUCAGCAUUGUCACAAAGUCAAGCUGAUCACAAAGGUUUUGUAGAAAUCACAAGAGAUGAAGCACUACAGCAUCCUGAUUAUUUUAGUGUUCAUAACUUGUUCACAGUAAAAGAUUUAUUUGAUGCUCGAGUUCAUUAUGGACACAAAGAAGGAUCGUUGGAUGAAAGAAUGCUUCCUUACAUAUAUGGAAGUAGAUUAGGUCAUGUUGUUUUUGAUCUGGAUAAGACUGCCGAACAUCUCAGACAAGCACUAAAUAUAGCAGCACAUAUAGCAUACAGGGGUGGCAUAAUAUUAUUUUUUUUGAGAGGCUCACAAAAUUCUCAUAUUGUUGAGUGUACAGCUAAAGAAUGUAAUGAGUAUGCACACACUAGGUUCUGGAGAGGUGGAAUUUUCACAAAUUCAGAAAAGCAGUUUGGGGCAGUUACCAGGUUACCUGAUCUAUGUAUUUUUCUCAACACUCUGAAUAAUGUAUUAACUCAGCAUACAGCUAUUAGAGAUGCAGCCAAAAUGGCCAUAGCAACAAUUGGUAUUGUGGAUUCAAAUUGCAAUCCUAAUUUAAUAACCUAUCCAGUACCUGGAAAUGAUGAUUCACCUAUUGCAAUUGAAUUUUAUUGUAAGUUAUUCAAAAAUGCAAUUAUGAGAGGUAAACAGAAAAGACUUGAGCAUCAAUAAUAAAUUUAUUAGAAUAUGAUUG